UCUACGCAUAUUAAUUUGUUAAAAAGAUAUAGCUAAGUGGCAAUGGAAGCGGAGAAAUGGCUCCUUCUUCAGCUUGUAUUUGUUGGUUAUGUGCUUGUCAGAAUUGAAGGUCUCAAUAGAAGCAGUUUUCCAACUGGUUUCAUAUUUGGAGCAGGAUCAAGUGCUUACCAGUAUGAAGGAGCUGCAUAUAUAGAUGGUAAGGGACCAAGUAUAUGGGAUACCUUUGCGAGGAUUCAUCCAGAAAAGAUUUUAGACCAUAACAAUGGGAAUAUAGCAGAAGAUUUUUACCAUCAUUACAAGGAAGAUAUAGCUCUUAUGAAAGUACUUGGAUUGGAUUCAUUUAGAUUCUCCAUUUCAUGGUCUAGAGUCCUACCUAAGGGAAAAAUCAGUGGGGGAGUAAACCAAGAUGGUGUUCACUUCUACAAUAAUCUCAUCAAUGAGCUCCUAUCCAAUGGCAUACAACCUUUUGUAACUCUAUUGCAUUAUGAUCCCCCACAAGCCUUGGAAGAUGAAUAUGGAGGAUUCUUGAGCCCUAAUAUUGUGGAUGAUUAUGGUGAUUAUGCAGAUUUCUGUUUUAAAGAAUUUGGUGAUAGAGUGAAGUAUUGGGUAACAAUUAAUGAACCAAAUUUAUUUAGCUCAAAUGGGUAUGCGACAAGUAGAGGGCCACCUUGUCGAUGUUCUGAUUAUAUAGAUCAAAAUUGCAAGGUUGGUAACUCUGCUACUGAACCUUAUGUGGCUGUCCACCACUUGCUUCUUUCCCAUGCUCUUGCUGUCAAAUUAUAUAGGGAAAAAUAUCAGGAUUUUCAACAAGGAAAAAUUGGGAUUUCAGUUCUGACAGAAUGGAAAGUUCCAAAGUACCAAACAAGUGCUUGCAUCAAGGCUGCUUUUAGAGCCAUGGAUUUCCAAUUUGGAUGGAUUGUUAAUCCAAUUACAUAUGGUGAUUAUCCUCGAACAAUGCGUUCUAUUGUUGGCCAUCGACUACCUAAAUUCACCAAACAACAGUCAAAAAUGCUAAAAGGAUCACUUGAUUUUAUUGGAGUUAAUUACUAUACUGCAUAUUAUGCAGAAGAUGCAGCAUAUUCAAGAAAUGUCAAUCUAAGUUACACUACAGACAAUCAUGUUAAUCUCACUACGAAGAAAGAUGGGAUUCCUUUAGGUCAACCGACCUCCUAUGAUGGCUAUUACUUCUAUCCCAAGGGAAUUCAAGAACUAGUUCUGUACAUAAAAAGGAAAUACAAAAAUCCUGUUAUUUACGUUACAGAGAAUGGACUUUUAGAUGUGAGAAAUAGCUCAUUAUCUAUUACAGAUGAGCUUAAAGAUAAGUUAAGGAUAUCAUUCCACCAUCAGCAUUUGUCAUAUCUUCUAAAAGCAAUUGAGGAUAAUGGUGCUAAUGUGAGAGGAUAUUUCUUAUGGUCAUUUCUAGAUGACUUUGAAUGGGAGUUUGGCUACACAAUUCAGUUGGGUAUUAACUAUGUGGAUUUCAAUGAUGGCCUUAAAAGAUACUCAAAAAAUUCAGCAUUGUGGUUUAAGAAGUUCCUUCAAAAGAAAAAUGUAACCAUCACAUGUCAUUCUUUCUCCUUCUUGUCAUCUUUGAUGUAAUUAUUGCAAGACCUUGUUACUUCAAAUCUUUUUCAAUUGCUAUAUUGUUGGAAGUUUAGAAA